GUGCAUGAGGCUGGUGUUUGCCCAGGAGCCACCCAGUGCCCGCUCUGACACCCAAGACAGCACCAGGAGCCAUGUCGGGUUCCUACGACGAGUCGGCAGCGGCUGCGGAGGAAACAACCGACAGCUUUUGGGAGGUGGGGAACUACAAGCGCACGGUGAAGCGGAUCGACGAUGGACACCGGCUCUGCAACGACCUCAUGAACUGUGUGCACGAGCGGGCCAAGAUCGAGAAGUCCUAUGCCCAGCAGCUCACUGACUGGUCCAAGAGGUGGAGGCAGCUCAUCGAGAAAGGUCCCCAGUAUGGCAGCCUGGAGAAGGCGUGGGCAGCCAUCAUGACGGAGGCAGACAAGGUGAGUGAGCUGCACCAGGAGGUGAAGAACAGCCUGCUGAACGACGACUUCGAGAAGGUCAAGAACUGGCAGAAGGACGCCUACCACAAGCAGAUCAUGGGGGGCUUCAAGGAAGCCAAGGAGGCUGAGGAUGGCUUCCGGAAAGCCCAGAAGCCCUGGGCCAAGAAGCUCAAGGAGCUGGAGACAGCCAAGAAAGCCUAUCACCUGGCCUGCAAGGAGGAGAAGCUGGCAAUGACCCGGGAAGCCAACAGCAAGGCGGAUCAGUCCAACACCCCAGAGCAGCAGAAGAAGCUCCAGGACAAAGUGGAAAAGUGCAAGCAAGACGUACAAAAGACCCAGGAGAAGUACGAGAAGGUGCUGGAUGAGCUGAACAAGUGCACCCCGCAGUACAUCGAGAGCAUGGAGCAGGUCUUCGAGCAGUGCCAGCAGUUUGAGGAGAAGAGACUCAACUUCCUCAAGGAAAUGCUCCUGGACAUCAAGAGGCACCUGAACCUGGCUGAGAGCAGCAGCUACGCCAACGUGUACCGGGAGCUGGAGCAGACCAUCCGCCUCUCGGACGCGCAGGAGGAUCUGCGGUGGUUCCGCAGCACCAGUGGCCCCGGGAUGCCCAUGAACUGGCCCCAGUUUGAGGAGUGGAACCCAGACCUGACGCACACGAUAACGCGGAAGGAGAAGCAGAAGAAGGGCGAGGGGGUGACCCUGACCAACGCCAGCAGCGCCAGCGAGUCGGGGGCUCUGGCGGGCGAGCGUGGGAGCGUGAGCAGCCACGACCGCGGGCAGACCUACAGCGCCGAGUGGUCCGAUGACGAGGGCAGCAACUCCUUCAACACCAGCGAGGCCAACGGCGGCACCAACCCCUUCGACGAGGAGGCGGCGGGGAAGGGCGUGCGGGUGCGGGCUCUGUACGACUACGAUGGGCAGGAGCAGGACGAGCUCAGCUUCAAAGCAGGUGAUGAACUAACCAAACUCGGUGAGGAAGACGAGCAGGGAUGGUGCAAAGGGCGCUUGGACAACGGGCAGUUAGGGCUCUACCCCGCCAACUACGUGGAGGCAAUCUAAGUCUUGUGGUGUGCUCCUCGUCACCAUCAGCAGAUAAAUCCACCCUCCGUUGUCUCCAUCUCUCCACCAGCCAACCAGCCAUUCUGCCGUCUGGUCCUCCACUCCUCAUACUUAGAGAUUCAGACAUAUUUUCCGACCAAGCUUUUAUUUUUUUAAGAGUUGUCUCCGAAGAGUAUUUUGCAUAGUCGCUUUCUUCUAAGAUAACGUGAAGCGAAAGAUGACGUUGUCCGUCCGUCUACGUUAGUUGAUUUUUUUUCCGAGCGAAAAGCCGAUACCUCAAGAUCUUAAAGCCCAACCAGUGAGAGCUCCCGAUUGGUUGGUUUUUAAAGAUACUGAAAUCAUGAGCCGCCUUCUGAUUGGCUGGAACUGUUCUGAAAUGCACGGCGCCGAAGCUCCUGGGACCAACCAAAUUCAUCCCAGAAAACUGAGAGGGAUUGGAGUCUGACUCCGGUUUUUUUUUUUGGUGUUUCCAUGUUCUCCCCAGUUCAUCCUCCCACCCCGAGGAAGGGGAUGACUGGUCCCCUUCAGCCCCACGGCCAUCCUUGAGAUGCCCAGGUGAGGUGGGACCAGCCCCACUGUGGAGCUUGAUGGCAUCUCCUCAGCUUCCUCCUCUUCCCGAGCUGAUGCCUGGCCUGUGCUGCAGGGAGCAGCUCCACCCUUCAGGAGGGCAGGUAUCCAGCACACACCAGAUCCAGGUGAGAUGGCCCCAAAAUCCAGCGCUGUCCAGAGAAGGACUCACCACAGCCCAGUGCUGCUGGAAGCACCUUCACACCCAGCCUGGGAUAGUGAGGACUGGCUUGGACGUGGCUGGGGAUGGUCUCCGUCCACCCCCUUCCUGAAGAGAGGCAGGAGCAGAUGAGGGAGGGGGGAUGAGCAUCAUCCAGCUUUGCAGGACACCAGCAGCAGCUGCAGCCAGUGGAGGAGGA